CGGAGAGGCACUGUUUCCACCACUAUCUUGAAACACAACGCACAGAUUCCCUAGGCGUCGUCAAACAGGUUCUAUGCCGGUCCCAAACUUAUUGUUGUGGUGACAAGGCCAGAAGAUGCCAAGAGGCUCCUGGUAGGAGUCAAGAUGCGUGGCAGGGACGCUUACGCUGUUACUCCUCUGCUCCCUUUCACAGGAAACGGACUUAUCACCAGUAAGGGAAACAUCUGGAAGGAACACCGCAGACUCAUUGAGCCAACGUUCCACUCUGAGUUAAUGAAAGACUUCAUGCAACAGUUCAACGAGGGUGCAGAGUUCGUGUGCAAAAAUCUGGCAGCAGCGGCAGGCACUGAAUACGAUAUCACGAGGAUGCUCAUCCACGCUACACUGGCUGUUGUCACCGCUUCCAUUUUCGGCAAAAAGAUGGAUGAAAUCGAGCCUGAUGUGAACAAGCAAGCUGAGGUUGCUGAUGUCUUUAUCGAAGCCUUAAAGCUAAUGCAGAAGAGGAUCUACCAACCAUGGCUCCAUAAUGAGUGGAUCCUUUCAAUGCUGCCCGAUGGAAAGGAACUCAGACGGCAGACAAGUAUUGUCAACCGCACAGUACAGAAAGCAAUUGACGCCCUGAAGAAGAGAAAUAUUGCACAAGGUAGAGCGAGAAAGAGUUUCUUAGAUGUUAUGACAGAUUCAGAAGGAAAUUUUCUCUUACCUGAAAAGGAAGUCAGUGACGAGGCACGCUCGUUAGCCAUUGCGGGCACUGAGACAGCAGCAACCACACUGGGGAACGCACUCGUCCUGCUGGGUCUGCACCCCGAGUGGCAGGAGGCUGUGUGGAAGGAGGUGGACGAUGUCUUCAGGCGGGGAGGUGCCUAUCUGAGGGCGAGCACCGAGAACGAUCUUUCCAAGUUCAGAAUAAUGGAUGCCGUUCUUAAGGAGACGCUGCGUCUGUAUCCUGCAAUACCAAAUCCGCCGGUGAGCACCGAGGAAGACAUCCAGCUGGCAGGAACUGGGUACGUGAUACCACGUGACAGCCUCGUGCUCGUGUCCCUCAUCCUGCUCCACCGCCGGCCGGACAACUUCCCCGAUCCUGACAAGUUCGAUCCGGGCCGCUUCCUCGAAGGGGGCAGCGCUCGCUCGCUACCACCCGGCAGCUACCUGCCGUUCGGCGCCGGCUCCCGCAAGUGCGUUGGCGGCCGCUAUGCCUUCCUGGAAAUGAAGACAGUGCUCGCGGCCGUCCUCCGUCGGUUCCGGGUAUUUCCCGGUUCCAGCAGGGAGGAGCUGGAACAGGUGGAGCUCUCCGUAAGUGGGUCGCCAGUCACUGGGUUCCGUAUCAUCUGCAUCCCCCGGAGCGACCAACCAGCGAAUUCUGUUCCACACGCUGUAAAUACAUGACAUUGUGUCAUACAGAAUGCUGUGUACAGUAACAAUAAUUACAAGUGAUAUCUGGCU